CAUAAAAAUGAAGUAUGAAAUAUGGAGAGCUAAAAUUUAAUAUAUUAAUUGAAAAUGAAAUUGUAAAUUUCUAUUCUGUAACUACUCGUAACCCACCACAACCCUCUACUGGCGAAUUGUAGAUAUGUUGGCAUAAAUAUUCCUGCUUUGACAUCAUCAUAUACCUGCAUAUACCGUUUUAUGCGAAUGAGAAACGUAAACGGAUUUCGCUGACGGGUUGAUUGGAUUCAAUGAUAGAAAAUAAGGAAAACAACCAUUUACGGGAUUCUUUAUUAUGAUAGUGUCAAAAGGUAGUAGCAGAAGAUGACGAUUAAGUGAUUGUUUCCUUAUACAUAAUGAGGGAUAAGUGCAUUAGACAUGGAUAUACUUAAUAUAGAAGAUGUGGAAACCGGUGUUCGUUCAUCAAAAAAUUCUACAUCGAUACAAUGCAACUGCAUAAACUCAAAUUCUAUAUGUUACAUCGCCGUCACAGUAGCUACACUGGCUCUUUUGGGAGCGAUCGUUUUUAUCUGCAGAGAUUACAUUAAAGUGUUACUCUAUUGGAUCGAACAUCAGAAUAUAUGGGUCGUUGCUGUAAUAUUUAUUGCUCUGUUCACAGUGGUUUCAUUUCCCAUUGUAAUCGGCUAUUUAUUCCUUAUUAUUGCUAGUGGUUACCUAUUCGGUAUAUUGAGAGGUAUCAUGAUGGUAGUAUUAUCAGCUAAUCUGGGAAUAGCCAUAGCGCAUAUUACUCUCAGCACUUUGUCAUCAAAGUUACCUCUUGGGGCACUUUUGCAAAAUGACACAGCAAGAGCAAUACUCAGAGUUAUCUCUGGACCGCAAGCUUUCAAAGUUGUGCUGUUUGCGAGGUUAACUCCUAUUCCUUUUGGUCUGCAAAAUACUAUUUUCGCAGUGAGUAAUAUGGGUGGUGUACAAUACCAUCUGGCUAGCGCGCUAGGUUUACUACCCGCUCAAAUCAUUAAUAUUUAUUUGGGCAGUAGCUUGCGAUCUAUGCAAGAUGUUCUAGAAGAUAGAUCAACAGCAGCAACUGGUUACGUUGUCUUUUGUUUUCAGAUUUUAAUAGGAAUUUCGUUAAUGGUGUAUGUUGUACAAAAGGCGCGAAGAGAACUUCAACUAGCAUUGUUGGAGGCUGAUCUAGCCUCGAUGGCCGACUCCUCUCAUUAUCUUCUCGAUACAUUACCGGAUCCUAAAAUAGUUUUAACGAAUCUGAUCGCCUAAACUCGCAUAAAAGUUUUACUUCUUCAAUGGGUACCUGCAUGUUUCAUACCUAACAACAUCAUUCACACUAUUCGCGAUUAAGUAGAAGAAACAAGGUUUAGUAUAUAUUUAAUAUCAAACAAUCAUACGAAUAUAUAUUAUAGUUUACAUAUUAGAAAGAAUAUUCUUCUAUUUGACAUACUCGUUAAAAUUGAGAAAUGUUGGAUCAAGAUAUACAAAUCAAUCGUUUACCACUUUCACUGCGUGACAGAAAUACGAAUAGAUUUUGUUUGAGUGCUAUUUCAAACAAUUCUACUAGACCAGGUAUACUAGUAAAAGAAUUAAUAUCAUUUAAUCAUGAAAUGGAAAAAUAAUUACAAUCAUUUUCUUCAUAUAUAAUAUUACUGUAAAAGAACUGAAUAUUUUGUGAUACAAACAAUAAUUAAUGGAUAACUAUUUAAUUAAAUAUAAAGUAAUAGAAUUCUUUAAGCAAUAACAACGGCAGAUGAAGGUUCGCAUUCGUAAGCAUUUUUCUGAAAUAAUAAGUUGUAUGUUUUGUGCCAAAUCUCGUUUCCAAAUACGAACAAUCUCCAUAUAUUUUAAUAUCUCCGUCUACGUAAAAAGAUUUACAUUUAUUUACAUUUGUUAAUCUAUAUCGAUUGUAAUGUACUGUUAUUAAUUUUGUAUUUUUAUUUGCAUUUUAUUUGUAUAAUGCAUUUAUAAACGAGUCUUCCGAGAUGUUAAGUUUUGAAAACCCUUUAAAAUACAUCAAAUAACUUGUCGAAGACUUGAGAUAGAAUUAGAAUUUAUAAAACGAGUCAAAUAUUUGUUUUCAAAUAAUUGAAAAUGACGUUAUCGAAUUUAAAUGAAGGCAGAUGUGUUAUUUUGAAAAGAACGAAAUCUAAUGCCUUGCUUUAUAUAUAUGAUUAUACGGAAUAUUUUAGCUUGUAAUACAUGUUUAAAGUAUAGCAUGAAAAAGUAUAUAUGUUUCUAGAAUAUAUACGUAAACAUUAAUUAUAUUUACGCGAAGAUUAUAGAAAACGUUUGAGUAAUAAAUAAACGUUGUCGCAGAGAUUAAGUAAACUCGACAAGCAUUUGAUCUGGAAGACUGAGACUAUGUAAUGGUUGAAAUUAUAAUAAAAUUUCCGUAUUACUUUGUUAUGGUGGCAACAUAUUGCUUCAACCAUAACGUUCAUAGUUCUUGUAUUGUAUUCUUGAACUUGAUUUCUCAUGUUUGAACCAUUUAAAAAUUUUUAAUUUUUAAAUUGAAUGCAAUUACGAAAUUUUAAUUCAAAUGUCUACUUCAACUCUAUCAAACGUUAUAUCCGUUUCUUGAAUUAAGUAACAGAUGUUAUUUUAAAAAAACGCAGAAUAAAAUAAAUUUCCAUACAAUCACA